AUGGUGCUUCUGAGUUCCGACGGCAGCGGAGAAACAAACGUCCCCCUCCCUCCACCCUUUCCCCGCAAACCACGCACUGGCUCCGGGCGGAACCCCUGCGUCGCGGCCACGGGCCACCGCAUCGCCGCCCUGGUACGGCUCCUGAGGGCCUUGCUGUGCCCCAUAGCUGGCUGUCGCAAGCGGUUCCGGAGCGCGUUCGCCCUGAUGCGGCUCAUGCCCAUCGUUAUCGAGUUCAUCGUGCUCGCCUGGGAGUACCACACGUACGUGCUGGUCAUGUGCUGUCAUCUGCUGGCCGACAGCGGGCAGGCCUACAGGGUCUCCCGCCUGGUCGGCUUCCAUGUGACGCUGCUGUGCGCGCUGUGGCCCUUCGAGCGCCUGCUGCGCACGCCGCUCAAACCGGUGCCCGUCUGCUUCUACGUGAUGCAGCGCAUGGACACCGCCGACCGGCGUCGGCGCUACUGCUACCAGUGCCACGUGAUAAAGCCCGACCGCUGCCACCACUGCCAGGUGUGUGGCACGUGCGUGCUCAAGAUGGACCACCACUGUCCCUGGUUCAACAAGUGCGUAUCCUUCUCCAACUACAAGUACUUCAUCCUCUUUCUCUUCUACUCGUUCGUGCACUGCGUCUACGUGUCGGCCACCACGUACCCUCACUUCGGCGCCAUGACGCGCCUCGUUCUGGGCAUCUGGCCCGAGGUCAACCUCACCUUCCUCUUCCUCCUGUCAUUGUUCUUCGGCUUGGCCUUCGUCGGACUGCUGCUUUACCACCUGUUCCUGCUGUGCAUCAACUGCACCACGCUGGAGAUGAUCGCGAGGCAGGGCAUACGCCGCUACGACAUUGGCCUAUGCAGAAACAUCGCGCAGGUGAUGGGACCGCGCAAGCUGCUCUGGCUCGUGCCCGUCUACACCGGCCUCGGAGACGGCGCCGUAUUCCCACUGCGCGCGGACGUCACCAAGACCGCGUGGGCGGUGUGA